AUGGCAGCUUACAGUGCUGUAAUUUCUCUUAUUCGAACUCUUGAUGAACGAAAUAUUCAUGAACUCUUUCAUGGUCACACUGCUGAAGCACUCGAUUCUCUUCGUGCUAUUGCUGAAUAUUUCGAAAAAGUUCUUGAUGAAUUUGAACCUGGAAAAAUAAAAUCUUUGGAGGAAAAAAUCAGAGAUGCUGCUAGUGAGGCAGAAGACGUUGUUGAGCUGAAAACUCAUCAAAUCAUCGAAGGGACAAGCUGGACUUUUGGAAUUUUACAACACCAGGAUUUGCUACCAGUUUUUGAAAAAAUGGAUACAAUAAAGAAACAAGUGAUGGAGAUUGUUUCUCAUGAUGCUGAUCAAAUUCUUGAAUUAUCCGGCGAUUCCAUGAUUGACACUUCUUCUAAAAGUUAUGCAUUGCUGUCAGAUAAGUUGGAAGAUGAUAUCGUGCGGGGAAUUGAUGAUGACUUGCAGAUCAUAAUUAAAAGACUGACAGGACCACCAUCAGAUCUAGACAUUGUCACAAUAUCAGGCAUGGGUGGCAUUGGCAAAACAACACUCGCUAGAAAAGCUUACGAUCAUCUCACAAUCAGGUAUCACUUUGACAUUCUUGCUUGGGUUACAAUAUCUCAAGAAUUUCAAUGUAGAAAUGUAUUGCUAGAAGCUUUACAUUGCAUUUCAAAGAAAACAGAUAUUGUGAACGCAAAAGACUAUGAUAAGAUGGAUGAGAAUGAGUUAGCUGACCUGGUGCAAAAGAACCUUAAGGGUCGAAGAUACCUUGUUGUUGUUGAUGAUAUUUGGAGUAGGGAUGUUUGGGAUAGUAUAAGAGGAAUAUUUUCUAAUUACAACAAUGGAAGUCGAAUCUUAAUGACUACUAGGGAAAAUGAGGUAGCAAUGUAUGCAAAUACUUGUAGCCCUCAUGAGAUGAGCCUUUUGAGUGCAGGAAAUGGUUGGAAGUUAGUUUGUGAUACGGUGUUUGGACCAAAACAUGAUCAUCCUCCCGAAUUGGAAGAAAUUGGAAAGGAAAUAGUAGAAAAAUGCCAAGGACUACCCUUAACAAUUUCAGUGAUUGCAGGACAUCUCUGUAAAGUGGCCAGGACAUUAGAAGGUUGGAAGGAUGUUGCCCGAACCUUAAGUGAAAUCAUUGCUAGUCAUCCAGAUGAAUGCUUAGCAGUGCUCGGUUUGAGUUAUCACCACUUGCCUAAUCACCUCAAACCUUGCUUUCUAUCUAUGAGUAGUUUCCAAGAGGAUUUUCAUUUUGAGACUCAGAUAUUGAUACAAUUAUGGAUUGCAGAAGGUUUCAUAAGGACUUGUGAAAAUGGUAAAAGUUUGGAGGAAGUGGCAAUAGAUUAUUUGGAGGACCUUAUUAGCAGGAACUUGUUACAGGCUAGAGAAAGGAGAUUCAAUGGUGAGAUAAAAACAUGCGGAAUACAUGAUCUACUGCGUGAGUUCUGUUUGACAGAAGCUGAAAUGACAAAGCAUAUGCAUGUUGAGAGAACUUACCCUACUCUUCCAACACAAAUGCAUAAUGUUCGUCGCUUCAGUUUUCAAACUGAAUAUUAUUCCGUUGAUGAUUGUUAUAAGCUAUUACCUCCUGCUUCUAGAUCUAUCUACUUAUUUUCUCGAUUGGAUCUACCUGCUUUACCCCGUAUUAAGCUUCACAGGAGAUUACCGAUCUAUUAUCAUGAUCCUAUAAUAUAUGAAUUUUUCUCUCAUUUCAACCUUCUCAGGGUGUUGUCCAUGAACAAUAAUUAUCUUUAUUUCGAAUCAUUUCCGCUUGUGAUUACAAAGUUGUUUCAUUUGAGAUAUCUCCAAGUUAGAUUUAAUGGCAAUAUUCCUGAAUCAAUUUCAGAGCUUCAGAAUUUGCAAACUCUAAUUUUUAGAGGUAAUAAUAGUUACAUGUACAGUAUGACUUUUCCUGUAACGAUAUGGAUGAUGAAGAACUUGAGGUAUAUACAUCUAGAUACAUCCACUUAUUUACCAAGUCCUGGAACACAAAGUCUUGUGACAGGGAUGCCAAAUCUACAGGAAUUUUCUGGUCAUUUUAAAGACGAAGUCUUUUCUGGCAUUCCCAAUAUAAAGAGAUUGAUCUUUCGCUUACCUUAUUUCCGAAAAAGUAUUCUCGAUCAGCUCCAAUUGGAUAUGUCUAGAUUGACAAAACUCGAAGCAUUCAAGUUCUAUGGUUCAAGUUUUUAUCGAUGUUCCUUAAAGAGAUUUCGUUUUCCAACAUCACUUAGGAGGUUGUCUUUAACUCGGUGUAGUGAUUUUUUAUGGACAGACGUAUCUUCAACUGUUUUGAUGUUGCCAAAUCUUGAAGAGCUCAAACUUAAAAAUUGUCAAACCUUGAUUGAUGAAUGGAGAUUGAGUGACGAAGACAAGUUCAAAAGCUUGAAGUUGUUGUUACUGAGUGGCUCAAGUCUUAAGCGUUGGGAAGCUAACAGUGAUAACUUUCCAAAUCUAAAACGCCUUGUUCUGAAGAAUUGCUACAGGCUGCAAGAAAUUCCAGCAGAUUUUGGCGAAAUCGGUACUUUGGAGUCAAUUGAGUUACACAAUUGCAGCACUACUGCUGAUGAUUCUGCAAGAGAGAUUGUACAAGAACAAGAGGACAUGGGGAAUUAUUUCCUUAAGAUUUACAUCCAUAACAUUCGCGGUUAG